UCUGUAAGUGGCCAGGAACACAGACUGGGCUACGACUUGGGGUGGGGCUGUCUGGAAUCCCCACUGACAGCAAAGGGUGAAAAAGGAGGUUUUCCAGAGGCUGCUCAUUGGCUCCAUACGUUGCCGCUCCCCUGAUGUCCCACCCACUCAGCACCACCCAACCAUUCACUGCCCAGAUCCAACGAUGGCCGUCGAUUGACGGAGCCACCGGCGAAUGCUAAGCUGAUUAGAGAGGUUGGGGCCUGCCUCAGUCUCUUCUGAUUGGCUACUGGAUGGAAUUGAGGUGAAUGGAGCACAUGUCCAACGAUCAGGACCCUAGCGUAUCAGAGGGAGAAGAGAAACGGUGGCCAGAUGGGCCCAAGAGGAAAAGAAAGAACAGCCAAUGUUCGGUGAAGAGCAUGUCUGCGCUGAGCGCCGCUUCCGUGGCCGGCUACAUCCCCAGCUACCUGGAGAAGGACGAGCCCUGCGUGGUGUGCGGCGACAAGGCCACGGGAUACCACUACCGCUGCAUCACGUGCGAAGGCUGCAAGGGUUUCUUCCGUCGCACCAUCCAGAAGAACCUCCACCCGGCCUACUCCUGCAAGUACGAUGGCUGCUGCAUCAUUGACAAGAUCACACGCAACCAGUGUCAGCUGUGUCGUUUCAAGAAGUGCAUCUCUGUGGGCAUGGCCAUGGACUUGGUUCUGGACGACUCCAAGCGGGUGGCCAAACGGCGCCUGAUCGAGGAGAACCGAGAGAAGAGGAAGAAGGAGGAGAUCGUGAAGACCCUGCAGACGCGGCCCGAGCCCAGCGGGUCUGAGUGGGAGCUCAUCCACAUGGUGACCCAAGCUCACCGCCACACCAACGCACAGGGAUCCCACUGGAAACAGAAACGCAAGUUCCUGCCAGAGGACAUUGGCCAGUCCCCCAUGGUCCACACCCCAGACGGGGACAAGGUGGACCUCGAGGCCUUUAGUGAGUUCACCAAGAUCAUCACCCCCGCCAUCACACGAGUUGUCGACUUCGCCAAGAAACUGCCCAUGUUCUCAGAGCUGCCUUGUGAAGACCAGAUCAUCCUGCUGAAGGGUUGCUGCAUGGAGGUCAUGUCGCUCCGCGCCGCCGUGCGCUACGACCCCGAGAGCGAGACGCUGACCCUGAGCGGCGAGAUGGCGGUGAAGCGGGAGCAGCUGAAGAACGGCGGCCUGGGCGUGGUGUCGGACGCCAUCUUUGACCUGGGCAAGAGCCUGGCGCAGUUCAACCUGGACGACUCAGAGGUGGCGCUGCUGCAGGCCGUGCUGCUCAUGAGCUCAGACCGCUCAGGCCUGACGUCUGUGGACAAGAUAGAAAAGUGCCAGGAGGUCUACCUGCUAGCUUUCGAGCACUACAUCAACCACCGCAAGCACAACAUUCCCCACUUCUGGCCCAAGCUGCUGAUGAAGGUGACCGACCUGAGGAUGAUCGGAGCGUGCCACGCCAGCCGUUUCCUCCACAUGAAGGUGGAGUGCCCCAACGAACUCUUCCCCCCACUCUUCCUGGAGGUCUUCGAGGACCAGGAAGUGUGACGAGAACCACCGAGACUGAGUUGGGACUGAAAGGAGACGAGAAGAAAACGAGAGGACAGGAUUUGCCCCUCCAAACUUUGUUUUGAUUUCGGAAACACAACUACUACAGCCUCUGCGUCUAGCACAGCUGUCACUAAGAGGAUAAGAAAUCAGGAAAAAAAGUCAGCCUUUUUUUUUCUUUUCUUUCUUUCGUUUUGAUGAUUUGUUUGUGUUUUGUCCUGCCCUCCGGUCGUGCUUGAUUAAGGCUGCAGUAGAACAAGUAGAGUUCUGUGUCAGUGGACAGCAGAUGGUGACACACAGAAACACACAUCUUUAUUUGCAGUAACACCUCAAGUCAAACUUGUCACACACAAUUGGAAACACUGUGUGCACAUAUAGCUGAGUUGGUGGAGGUUAAACCCAGAGGGUUGUUAGCUGAAUCCUUCGCCCAGCCUUGAGCCCUCUUCCCUGGGCCCAGUCUGCUAUAUAUCCCUCCUUACCAUCCUCCACUGGAAGCAGGGUGCAAAUUACGGGGGGGUUUGGGGGGGGUCUGACCCCCCUAAUUAAGACUUGUACCCCCCCGAAAGAGGUAAAAACAACAGGUCG